AAGGAGCAGAUCCCUCACCUGUGACAGCAGAGUGAACAGAUCGGUGCGUCAAGAAACAUGAGACUCCCAGUCCUGCUCACAUGUCUGCUGGCAGCCUGCCUGGCAGAGACGCCACAUCCAUGCGAAAGUCCUCCCUUUCUCACCGGAGCCCUCACGUUGUCCACGCAGAAUGAAAAGCUGUGGACCUUCACCAAAUACCUGUACGAUGCACUGGGACGCAGAGUACGACUGCUGGAGCUGGGCGCCUACGAGAACAAGACGUUCACCUACGACGCUCUGCUGCUCUUCAGAGAGGCUACCAUGUAUGAGAUCCACCAUCAUAACCGCACCUGUAAGAAGAUGCCUCUGAAGGCAGAUUUCCACCCGCUGGCUAUCCCAAAAGACGCCACUCUGCUGGGUCAGGCUGUGGUGGGAAGUUCCUCCGGACCUGGACAAGGCCUCCUGGUGAACACCUGGAUAGGAGAUCUACCAGACAAGUCAGGAAAGUACUCAUCAGUGGUCACUGAAUUUGGCUGCAUUCCUGUCAACACCGUCUACCAAACCAAAGAGUUCGGAUGGGUGGUGAUGAGCUACUUCGACAACGUCAUCGGGAUUGAAGAUCCUAAUCUCCUCAACCCCCCCAGCUUCUGCUCUGAAGCGGAGAGAAUGGAGGAUCAGAAGGAACCAGUAGACUUCUUCAGCUUAUUUCAAAGCAAAAAAUGAAGAUCUCCUUGGAUUGUUUCAUUUCAUCUAACUCUGUUGUCUUGUCAUAAACCAUAAACAUCAGAUGACUUCUCUUGUCUUGUCUCUGUUGAGACCUUGGUGCGUUCAGUAUUUUUUCUCAAAUUGGAUCCAUUUGUUCAGUUCUUUCCAUUUCAAUUCAUUUUCAUUUACUCUGAUGAUCCGUUGAAGAAUGUCUCCCCAGAACAUGAGCAAGAAUAAUAAACUGAGUAAUUUUCUCUUCA